AUGAAGAUCAGAGGGCGACGAGGAACGAUGUCGAGGCAAAACGAGCGGCUGUACAAGCAGCGGCGGCACCUCGCGAACGAACAGCGACAACAGGAGCGAAGUGAAGACGAGCUGAAGCAACAGCGGGAACGAGCGCAGCCGGAACCUCGAACGAUGGACUGGUGGAGCUGCGGCGACGAAGACGACGCAACCGAGUUGGGCAGUACCCACUCGAGUACUAACUACGGCCGACUGGCGAGCGGCCAUGGUGAAGAAAUGAUGACGAACGACUUUGGACGACCAAGGACGGACGACCGAAAACCCGGUGGGUCUCAGUCAAUGAGUACGACGCACUGCAGCGCGCCGGACGGGUCGUGGAAGACCCGUGAAAUGAGGAAGUCGUGUAAUAGGUUGAGACGCACGUUAUACGACGACGAUGACGGCCAGUACGAACUGGUCAACGACAGAAAGAACAACACGAGGACGGGGGCUGGAGUUGACGUGGUUGCAGCACGUCUGGCAGCCUGGACCAGCGGAGAUGGACGAAUACGAUGGCCAAUUGCGGCCAAGGAGACGAAAGACAGCAGAGUGAAGCCCGGCGAGCAGUCGCUGGCGUGCGUCGUGGAAGCAGCUGGCACCCGCAGCCACGAGGAUUCGCAGAUCCACACGGACCUUAAGGGCUCUCACUUUCGAAUCGGCGCAACACGCAACUGA